AUGUUUGGUGCUAGCAACCCAUUCGGGCAGUCAUCCAAUAGUCCCUUUGGGUCCCCAUCAGUUUUUGGGCAGACCAAUAAUGCAAAUAACAACCCAUUUGCUCCAAAACCAUUUGGUAGCACAUCUCCUUUUGGUGCACAAACAGGUGGUUCUAUUUUUGGUGGCACUUCUACUGGUGUCUUUGGUACCCAAGCUUCUUCACCAGUUUUUGGUGCUUCUUCUUCACCUGCUUUUGGUAGUUCAAUGCCUUCUUUUGGAGCUUCUUCAACCCCAGCAUUUGGUGCUUCAUCUUCAGCUUUUGGUGGUUCUUCCGUAUUCGGACAAAAACCCGCAUUUGGUGGCUUUGGAUCCACAACACCAACACAACCCGCAUUCGGAAGCUCAUUUGGAGCUCCAAGUCAACCCGCAUUUGGAACCAAUCUAUUCGGGUCAACAGCAUUCGGAGCUCCAAGUCAACCUGCUUUUGGCACUCCAAGCACCCCGACAUUCGGGACCUCAACCACCCCUGCAUUUGGUGCCACAUCUACCCCCGCGUUCGGUGCCACAUCAGCACCCGCCUUCGGGUCCACAUCUACCCCUGCAUUCGGGUCCACAGGGUCUGCAUUUGGUAGCUCCCCUUUUGGUGCAUCUAGUACACCCACUUUUGGUCAAUCCAGCACCCCGGCUUUUGGUCAAUCCAGCACCCCGGCUUUUGGUCAAUCUAGCACACCAGCUUUUGGUCAAUCAAGUACCCCGGCUUUUGGUCAAUCGAGUACACCCACUUUUGGUGCCACUAGCUCCCCUUUUAGUUUCGGGUCAAGUCCCGCAUUUGGUCAGUCCACGUCAGCAUUUGGCAGCAGCCCGUUUGGCACUGCCACGUCAGCUUUUGGGGCUCAGAGUUCUCCCUUUGGUGGUCAGACAACAACACCAGCAUUUGGGAGUCCGGGUUUUGGUCAAACAUCAUUUGGUGGUCAACGCGGUGGAAGUAGAGUAACUCCUUAUGCUCAGACACCUGAAGCAGACAGUGGUAGUGGGACCCAGCCUGCUGGGAAGCUUGAGUCCAUAUCAGCAAUGCCUGCAUACAAAGACAAAAGUCAUGAAGAACUUAGAUGGGAAGAUUACCAACAAGGAGAUAAAGGGGGUCCAAAUCCUGCAGGUCAAACCUCUAGUGGAAUGGGAUUCAACACCACAAACAACACCACACAAUCAAACCCUUUUUCUUCUUCUCCAGCAUUUACCCAAUUAAACACGAAUCCAUUUUCUUCCACUACACCUUCAAACCCAUUCGCCCCAAAAACUUCAACUUUCUCAACCCCCGGAUUCGGUAAUUCCACUCCUACACUCGGCUCUUCACCCUUCGGUGCCACAUCAUCAAACCCAUUCGGGUCAACACCAUCACCAACUCCAUCAGUAUUCGGGUCAACUCCCGGGUUUGGAUCCACUACUUCCGCUUCCCCUUUCGGUGCUCCAAGUACAUCAACUUUUGGCACAUCAACUUCUAUUUUUGGUGCAACUCAAGCACAAGGGGCAACUCCGUCAUUUGGCGGUGGAUUAAACUUUGGCAACACACAAUCCUCCCCCUUGUUCCAGUCAACCACACCUUCUCUUGGACAAACAAGCUCUCCAUUCGGGCAGACCACCUCGGCUUUCGGGCAGUCUGCCCCGUCGUUCGGGCAGAGUGCUCCGGCUUUCGGUCAGACAAAUGCAUUUGGUGGGAACUUGUUCUCAAGCACCCCGGCAUCUAGCAGCAUGGGGUUUAAUCAGACAACUCCUUCCCUUUCAAUGCCAUUUCAAUCGGCUCAACCAACUCAGAAUACAGGUGGUUUUGGCUUCGGGGCGCCAGCAGGUGGCAUUGGUGGGACAUCAAGCAUUUUUGGUCAGAAUAAUUUUGGACAAAUGUCAGCAACUCAAACUCCUGCAGUUGCACAACCACAGUCUAUUACAAAUCCAUUUGGAACUCUACCAGCAAUGCCUCAAAUGUCAAUUGGGCGUGUGGGAAAUGCACCUUCAAUUCAAUAUGGAAUUUCCAGCUUGCCAGUUGUUGAUAAACCUGCUCCCAUUAGGAUUUCAUCCGUGUUGACUUCCCGCCAUCUUUCUCAAAGGCGAGUUAGGUUGCCUGCUAGAAAGUAUCACCCGAAAAACGACGGACCAAAGGUUUCGUUUUUUAGUGAUGAUGAAGAGACUACCAGCACACCAAAAGCAGAUGCUCUUUUUAUUCCAAGGGAGAAUCCAAGAGCUUUGGUUAUUCGCCCUCUUGAACAAUGGCCUGGCAAAUCAUCUGAUGAAAAAUUAAAAAAUGCAUCUUCUCCAGCACAAACAAACGGUGAAUACACCGGGUUUGCUUCUUCCCCUCCUUUAAAUGCGGAUAACGGGAACAGAAACCAUUCCGAAAACGGAACCCUAAAGGAACAAACACCAAUCAAAACCCCCCAAAAAACAAAUGGAAUCCACCACCACCACGACGACCACUCCCCGCCAAAAUCCGACUCCUACAUCUCCCUCACCGGCCACCGAGCGGGUGAAGCCGCAAUCGUAUACGAACACGGCGCCGACAUCGAAGCUCUGAUGCCGAAACUCCGCCACUCCGAUUACUACACCGAACCGCGAAUCCAAGAACUCGCCGCCAAAGAACGCGCCGAACCUGGCUUCUGCCGCCGCGUCCACAACUUCACAGUCGGCCGCCACAACUACGGCUCCAUUAAAUUCCUCGGGGAAACCGACGUUCGAAGGCUGGAAUUGGAAUCACUAAUUCAAUUCAAUCAUCGCGAAGUGAUUGUCUACAUGGACGAAACGAAAAAGCCUCCGAUCGGACAAGGGCUGAAUAAGCCGGCUGAAGUCACACUUUUGAAUAUAAAAUGUUUCGAUAAGAAAACGGGGAAACAUUUUACUGAAGGCCCGAGGAUUGAGAAGUAUAAGGAGAUGUUGAAGAAGAAAGCAGAGGAUCAAGGGGCGGAGUUUGUGGAGUAUGAUCCGGUUAAAGGGGAGUGGAAGUUUAGGGUUAAACAUUUUAGCAAGUAUGGCCUUCAAGAUGACGAUGAUGAUGAUGAUGGAGUUUGUUUUUGAUAAGUAUAUACAUAUAUACAAUCAUGUGAUCGUGAUUGUGAUUGUGAUGGGGUGUUUGUGUUUGUGUUUGUUAUUGUGGUUUGACUUUGACAAGAUAUGGUCAAUCAGGUUUUGAUAUUCUUUUUCUAUUUGGUGUUUAGUUAUGAUGUCUGUUGGUGAAAUGGAAAAACAUGAAUUGUUAAAUUUGCAACUUAUGGUGGGUGUUUGAGUAAAACU